AUGGAGCUGUCUGUGAAGCAAGGCACAAGAAGAGGUGGGCAAGUAAGCAGGGGAGACCAAGACCAACCUGCAGAAAUUGGGCAAACUUCAAAGGUGAGGAUCUCUAGGGAAAAGAGACUCAAAAAAAUUCAGGGAAGAAGCAGCGGAAGAAGAAAGGUCAUCAACUCAGGCUCAAAAUGCCAAACCAAAGAUCCAAAGGGUUCCCUUUAUGCUCCGAGAUCACAAAAAUUUCGAAAAAUACUACGAGCCAAAAAUUUCGACAUAUAUUUUAAGAGCUUUCUAUGCUGUGGGUUCCUUUAUCUUCCCAAAAUAAAAGUAGACGACUCGAUGGGGCCUAAGUUCAUGAACUUGAUAGCCUACGAAAUGUGUCCUGAUUUCCAGAACGAUUUCGGGGUCACCUCUUACAUAGGCUUCCUCGAUUCGCUCAUCGAUUAUGCAGAUGAUGUGAAGCAUCUGAGGAAAAGCCACAUACUUCGAAACUUUCUUGGGAGUGACGAUGAGGUGGCUAAACUCUUCAAUGAGAUAGGCACUGACUUGGUGCCUAACACUGCAAUUUACUACGAUGUUAAACGCAAGAUAGAAGAUCACUACAAGACCAAUUGGAAGAAAUGGAUGGCUCAAUUCUUUCAUGAACAUUUCAGCAGCCCCUGGACUAUCCUGGCUUUCAUUGGUGUUCUCUUAGGGCUUGGGAUGACCGCUGCUCAGACGUGGUACGCUGCCAAUUCUGGUACUCCAUGUGAGGCCUUACUUGAGUACCUGAAAGAGCGCGGGUACUAA